CUCUCUCUGUCUUUCGCAACUGGCACAACCGAGAGAGAGAGAGAGAGAGAGGAGAGAGAAGAAGAAGAGGAGGAGGAGAGAGAAAGGGCCAAGAAAAGAACCUCUUUUUUGUAGGAGAAGAGGGGGUUGGUUCGGUUCCUGGGAAUCCGAUCAUACCAUCUUCUCCUUCCUUCGUUUUUUUGUUCAUCUGAAGUUCUCGUUAGCAAAGGAAGAUAUAGAAGGCAAUUUUCCGAGAAACCCAGGAAAAAACUUUAUUUUUUCUGAUUUGGGUUUUGGUUUUUUAUUAGGAAUUUUUUAGAAAGAGUUUUAGUUUUGGGCGGUGGGUGGGUUGGGUUUGAUUUCUUUUGGAAAUGAUGGACAUGGAUAGCAUUGAAUGUGUUUCAUCCUCAGAUGGUCUUGACGAGGAUGAGAUCCAUCAACACCAUACUACCCUGCAUCCCCAUCCUCAUCCCCAUCCCCAUCCUCAUCAGCAUCAUCCUGAGUUUUCUUCCUCAAAAUCUCGGAACAAUGGCACUAACAAUACCUCUAUUGCUGGUCCAAACGCCAUUGCCCCGGCCACCAGCGUCCACGAGUUGCUCGAGUGCCCGGUCUGCACCAAUUCAAUGUACCCGCCAAUUCAUCAGUGCCACAAUGGACAUACAUUGUGUUCCACCUGUAAAACAAGGGUACACAACCGAUGCCCAACAUGUAGACAAGAGCUUGGAGAUAUUAGGUGUUUAGCCCUCGAGAAGGUAGCUGAGUCACUUGAAUUGCCCUGCAAGUAUUACAACCUUGGAUGCCCUGAAAUAUUUCCCUACUACAGCAAACUUAAACACGAAUCUGUGUGCGACUUUAGACCGUAUAAUUGCCCGUAUGCUGGCUCAGAGUGUGCUAUUGUUGGGGACAUUCCUUUCCUAGUUGCCCAUCUGAGAGAUGAUCACAAGGUAGACAUGCAUACAGGUUGCACAUUCAACCAUCGAUAUGUCAAGUCAAAUCCCCGGGAAGUAGAGAAUGCCACAUGGAUGCUAACAGUUUUCAACUGUUUUGGACAAUACUUUUGCCUCCAUUUUGAAGCCUUCCAGCUGGGAAUGGCCCCUGUUUACAUGGCCUUUCUACGAUUCAUGGGUGACGAGAAUGAAGCACGAAACUACAGCUAUAGCCUAGAGGUUGGAGCAAAUGGCAGGAAACUUAUAUGGGAGGGUACCCCGCGAAGUAUUCGUGAUAGCCACCGAAAGGUGAGAGAUAGCCAUGAUGGUCUGAUUAUCCAGCGAAAUAUGGCUCUUUUCUUCUCUGGCGGUGAUAGGAAGGAGUUAAAGUUACGAGUUACUGGCAGAAUAUGGAAGGAACAACAGAAUCCAGAUGGAGUGUGCAUACCAAACCUAUGUAGCUGAGAUGAUAUGAUUUUUGAAGGCAUUUUUACAGUUUGUGUGAUAAGGACACUGCUGUGUGUGUUCUAUACCUCUGUUCCUAGCUUUUUUCUGGAUUGUAGCGAAAGAACCAAACUGUUGAGGCUUGGAAGUCUAAUGAUUAAUAAAUUGUAUAAUAAGCAGGCUUUCUUCCUUCA